AUGGCGGCGGCAGAGGUCGACCUCGCCUACCUCUCCGCGCACGCUGGCGUCCCGGAAGCCGACCUGGACACUGUUGUGGCCACGCCGACGGUGGAGCUCGUGGCGUCGGUGCUGGGCGCGAUCGUCAUCAAGCUGCGCGACCUGGAGAAUGAAAAGUUCCAGUUGAACGUUGAGCUCGAGGCGGCGUACCGGAGCGCUGAGUCGAGGUGUGAGCAGUUUAAGGGCACCACCGAUAAGGCCCUCAAGGAUGUGGAGGAGGUUCGGCAGAAACUACAGAAUGAGGAAACUGCCCGACGGUCACUUGAGAACGAGCUUCAGACGCUUAAGUCAUCUGGGACGACAUCGCUGUCAGAAAUCGAAACCCUCCGAGCGCGUAUCGCCUCCCUCGAGACUUCCAAUCGCGAAACCCUCGCGAUUGUCGACUCGAAAACGACCGCGAAUGCGAGCCUCGCCGAAGAGCUGCAGAAGCAGCACCAAAAGAUUCUGAAGUUGAACCAGGAUAUCACGGCGGCCAACCAGGCCGUUCAGAGUGCCCAGACCGCGGCGAACUCGGCAAAAUAUCGGGAAGAGUCGGUCAAGCAGGAGUUGGAACUCGCCAAGAGAAACAACGAUUGGUUUGAUGCCGAGCUUAAGACUAAGACCGCCGAGAGCCUCAAGAUCCGAAAGGAGAAGGGCGCUCGUAUCGCCGAGCUCCAACGACAAAAUGAGGAUGCUCUCUCGAACAUCGAGUCGCUGACCCGGACCGAGCAGCAACUACGCAGGCGACUGGACGAAGCACAGUCGAAAGCGGAGGAUGCCCUCACCAAGGUGCAGCAGUUGCAGGAAUCUGCGGCCCGCGCUGAGGAGAGUUUCAGGCAGGAACUUGAGUCGUCGAGGCGUCUUGUUGAGUUGAAAGACCAGCAGUCACAGACACACCGUAACCGUCUCAAGGAAGUGGAGCUCCGACUCGAACAGGUCAAGGACGAUAACACCGAGGAGAUACGUCGUGUGCGGCGCGAGUUGGAGAAAGAGAAGGAGGAACACGCGCAAACAGAGCAACAGAUUCAGGAGCUUCAAUCCGAGGCCGACCGCCUCAAGGCUAUCGUCGACUCUCACACCGGAGCACCGGGAUCCACGCCACAGACGCCGAGGGCUAACGGCGCGUACAUUGCCCGUCCCUCUUCACCAUUUGGCACCCCGGCCUCAAUCCGUGGUAAGGCGUCGUUCCGAGCCACGGAAACCCUCGAGGAACUUCUCAAGGUCAAGGCACAGCUCAACGGCGAGCAGCGCCGCAGCCAGAAGCUGCAGGAGGAGCUCGACGAUGCUCUCGGCAUCUGGGAGGCCAAGAUGCCCGAGUAUGAGGAGACUCUGGCUGAGAACGAACGCCUGCGCCACGAGUCCACUCACAUGUCGGAGCUUGCGGAGCAAUCUUACGAGCAACGGGAUGCUGCCGUCAAGGCCGCGCGCAAAGCCGAAGGUUCCGCUGCAGCUGCGCAAGCUGAGGUCAAGAUCUUGCAAGCUCAGCUACGUGACCUCAGCACUCAAAUCCAUGUCCUCAUCUUCAAUAUCCACGCUCGGGAGAAGGGAAUGGACCAGCUGACCGAGGAAGAGACUGCCCAAUUUGAGCGCCUUCAGCGCGGUGAGGUUGCCGAGAAUGCGUUGGACGACAUGUCUGACACCCAUCGCUUCAUCACCGAACGGUUCACGGCCUACAAGGAUGUCUUCGAACUACAGCAGAAGAACGAGGAGUUGCUCAAGGUCACCCGCGAGUUGGCCACCAAGAUGGAGAAUGAGGAGGCCCUGGCCGCCAAACAGCAAGCGGCCCAGGAUCACGAAGAGGUCCAGGAACUCCGCGGCACGGUUGGCGUGCUCCAGGAUGAAGUCCAGUCCAUCACGGUCCGGAUGAGGAGCUACAUGACAGAGCGUGACAUGUUCCGUCGCAUGCUCCAGCAGAAGGCGACACCAGCUGAAAUCCAACAAGUCCUUGGCGUUCCCCGGGAAGAUGGCCAACGCGAAGUGCUCGCUAGUAUUGAGCAACCCUCCGACGAGGCAAACCUGACUGUGGCUCUGAGAGAACUACAGGCCCAAUUCGACUCGUACCGUAACGACCAAUCGACGGACCGGAACGCCAUGAAGGACCAAAUCGACAAGCUAUCCACCGAGAAGGGUUCUCUCCAGAGCGAAGUCUCCCGCCUCUCCAGUCAACUUACCCUUUCCACCGAGCGCUACCACAUGCUGGAAUCGAACUUCAAGGCGCUCCAAAACGAGAAGCAGGAGCUACAGAAGCGCAACCAGUCGCUCUCCGAGUCUGCUGCUAAGCAAGAUAUGCGCACUCAACAAGCGGCCGAAGAUCUUGUGGAAGCCCGCGGCUUGGUGGAGAGCCUGCGCAGCGAGAGUGCGAACCUGCGGGCCGAGAAGACCCUCUGGAAGACGAUCCAAGAGCGUCUCAGCCAGGACAACGAAAACCUUGCCCAGGAGAAGACUAGGCUAAACGGUCUCCUGUCCGGCCAACAGUCGCUUCUGAACGAGCGUGAGCUGUCCGAGUCUGAGACGAAGCGCAGGUUGCAGGCCCAGAUCGAUUCUUUGGACGGCGAGCUCAGCACGACCAAGAGGAAGCUCUCUGAGGAAGUCGAGGAGGGUAAAAAGAUUCAGCUGCGGAAGGAAUUCGACGCACAGCAGUUCCAGAAGCGGAUUGACGAACUGACCUCGAUGAUUGGCCAGAUCAAAGAGGAGAAUGUGCAGGUUAAGACCACCCGCGACCACCUCCAGGCACGCGUUGGCGAGCUGGAAAUCGAGCUUCGCAACGCUCAGGAUCGCGCCGAACGCCUUCGGCCGCUGCCAACUCCCAGGCCAGGGACUCUUAACGAUCAGACCAUCACCGAUCAUGAAUCGAAGGCCCGGAUCGAGGAACUUGAGAACGAAGUUCAGGAACUCAAGAAUAACCUUGACCUGGUCAAUGUCCAGCUCGAGAACGCCAAGCAGCAAGCCGAGCAAUUCAAGCAGCUCAGCAAGGAUAUGGAGGAGGAGCUUUCGAGCCUCAACGAAACCCACGACCAGUACCGGGAUGAGAUGGACGCGUCCCUCGAGGCGAAGACCAGUGCUUCCAACGACCUCCAAAAACGUGUCGAGGCGCUCACGGCCGAGCUCUCGGGCUUGACCAACGAACUCAACCUGCUUCGGGAUUCACAAGGCGAUGUCGUCAGGAAAUACGAAGAGAAGGAGCGGAUGCUCAAUGGCGAAAUCAGCCGUCUCAAGGACGAAGAGGAGCGAUACAAGGAAACUGCGCGGUUCCACCAACAGGACCUGCGCUCUCAGGCCGAAAUCGCCACCAAGGCGCAGCAAGACUACGAGGAAGAACUGGUCAAGCAUGCCGAGGCCGCCAAACUCCUCCAGCACAUUCGUGCCGAGCACAACCAACUCCGGACUCAAUCGGCCGCCUGGAGAGCCGAGGCCGAGUCGGCAAAGCUUUCUCUGGCGCAGAGCGAACAGUCCUGGGAAGAACGCCGACAACAGCUCGAACAGGAAGUGGCCGAAGUCAAGACCAGGCGCGAGGAUGUCGCGGCGCAAAACAAGCUACUCCACCAACAGCUCGACAGCGUCACGUCUCAGAUCGCUGCGCUGCAACAAAAUCGCGCGCAGCCAGAUGGAGAAGGGGUACCGCCUGCGCUUGCGGACGCCGCUGCCGAGGGUCUCCGCGAACUCAACCACUACCUGCGCCGGGAGAAGGAGAUUCUCGAGGUUCAGUACGAUAUCAAAGUCCAGGAAGCCAAGCGCUUGCAGCAGCAGCUUGAAUACUCGCAAUCGCAGCUUGACGAAGCUCGUCUUAAGCUCGACCAGGAACGCCGGGCGCAUGCCGACAGCUCCAGGAGUUCUCUUACCCACAAGGAACUCAUGGAGAAGCUCAACGAGCUCAACCUCAUCCGCGAGAGCAACGUCACACUCCGCAAUGAGAACCAACGCGCCCAGGCUCAGCUGGAGAAGAAAUCCGACAAGAUUGCCGAGCUCGAGACCAAGAUCCAGCCCCUCGAGGCGCGCAUCUCGGAACUUGAGCUCGACAAGGGCUUCAAGGAGCAGGAGGUCCGGCAGCUCCAGGAGGCUCGCGAAGGCUUGCAGAAGAGGAUUGAGUCGAUUCUCAGCAAGUAUGGUCAGGCUGACCCUCAAGAGGCGGAACAGCUCAAGGAGACCAUCGCGGCUUUGGAGGGCGAGCGGGAUGCUCUCAAGGCGUCGGAGGAGGCGUUGCAGCAGAAGGUGAAGGAGGCGGAGGAGACGUUGGAGACCAAGACAAACGAGUGGAAGGCGACUAAGGAACGGUUGGGUGAGGAUUUCAAGGGGCGAUUUAGGGGUAUGAAGACGCAGCGCGACGAGGCCAACGCGGCGAAGAUCGCACUCCAGACCGAAGUCGACUCUGUCAAUGGGCGACUAGCUGGUGUUGAAAAGGAGCUGGAGGCUGCUAAGCACGAGCUGGGCGGUCUUGCGGAGAAAAACAAGGCCCUCGAGCAACAGGCUCAACAAGCCCAACAAGCUGCUGCUACCCAGCAGCCCGCUGUGGCGGCUCCUCCUCCAGCUACGCAAACACCUGCCGCAGCGGCUGAUCCUGGGCUUGUCGCGGAACUCAACCAACAGCUCGACAGUCUCAAGCAGGAUUUGGAGGCCGUCACGUCGCAGAAGGCCGAAGCUGAGGCCCAAGUCGAGCAGCUCAAGGGUGAACUGGCGACGGCUGUUGCCGCGCGUGAUCAGGCCCUGGCGCAGGCGGCUUCGGCAGCGGCGAACGGUAGUGAGGUUGCCAUGAGCGAUGCUGCUCCCGUACCGUCCCAGCCCCCGGCCGGUCUCUCGGACGAGGAGCGCAAGGCGUUGGAAGAGAAGGUUGCGACUGCCGAGGCUAGGGCGGCCGAGUUCGAAACCAAAGCCAAGGAACUCGAGGACAACAUCGACAGCGUCGUCAAGCAGCGGUCUGACAAGAUGAAGAACGCGCUAAACAAGAAGCUUGCCGACUCGAAGGAGGCGAUGGAGAAGCAGGCUCAGGAGCAACGGGCCAAGGUCCAAGAGGAGUUCGAUCUCAAGCUGCAGCAAGAGCUGGCCAUCAUCAAGGCCGAGCAUCAGGCUUCGGCACCCAAGAACGGCGUGCCUUCGACUCCGGCGAAGCCAGCUCCCGAGACACCGAUCCCACCAAAGACUCCGGGCGUCGACCUGAGCAACAUCAGCGAUGCGCAAGCCCGAGACCUCGUUGCGAACAACCAGACCGUCUCGAACAUUGUGAGGGCCAACCUGAAGCGGAUGAUUGCCAUCGAGACGAAGAAGGUCAAGGAAGAAGUCGAGGCGUCGACCAAGACCGAGUACGAACAAAAGAUCACCAGCGCCAAGGAAUUGGCCGAGAAGAAAUCGGCGCUCCGCAUCAACAUGCUCGAUCGGCAGGCCAAGACCUCGCAGGUCAAGCUUGCCGUUGUUGAGACAGCGGCUAAGGAAACACCGCAGAAACCUGUCGUCGAAGUCUGGGCCAUCGCUAAGGAUGCGAAGCCACCUACCCCAGCGCCUACUCCGGCUCCCGCGCAAACACCUACUGCAGCAGUGGCUAAUGUUUCCGCUGGUGCUGCGACUCCUCCUGCUGUGUCCUCGCCAGCCCCUCCCGCGAACCAAGCUACUCCAGCACCCCCAACAAAGGAAGAACCCAAACCCGCAACCCCCGUUCCCGCUCCCGCGCCCGCGGCUCAAAGCAACCUUCCUCAACCCGCCAAACCAGCCACCGGCAUCCCACCGCCGGUCGUGAACAACCCCUUCGGCGCACCUCCCACAGCUGCAACCAGCAGCCUUCCACAACCUACCCCAGCCGGCCAGCCAGCACAGCAACAGCAACAAGGCGGCCAGAACCAAGGCCAAGGCCAACAACCACGGGGUAUCCCCGUCCCCUCCACACGCGGCGGUGGAGGCGGCGGCCGUGGUGCUGCACGAGGCGUAUACCAGGCUGGACCCGGCCGUGGCGGUCAAGGACAGCGCGGACGUGGUGGGUUUGGUCGUGGUGGCGGUGGCGGUGGUGGUGGGUUGAACCCUGGUGCUGGGGAGUUUAAUCCUGGUGGUGGGCCUGCUGCUGGGGCUGCUGGGCAUAAACGGCCGAGGGAUGGGGAUGGGCUUGGUGAAGGGGGGAGAGGGGGGAAGAGGGUUAGGGGUGGUGGUGGAGGAGGAGGUCCUGGUGCAGGUGUAGGUGGUGGUGGUGGUGGGGGACAAUGA